AUUGAACUUUGGUCUUAUCAAAAAAAGUUGACCUUUCAAUCUUCAACUUCACUGCUGGAUGUUCCCCGCCGACAAUAUCCAAUUCAACCACGCCCCAAUUAUCUAACAAUGCGGCGGAUACCGAGGUUGAGGAGGCCAUCCGGCCUUGCGUCCUCCACCACCAACAACAGAUCGUGGCCCACGCCUAGUCCUUCACACAUCACACCGUAUUCACAACGACCAGCCCCUUCGUUCUCAUCCUCAUCGCAAACCGGAACCCCUAUCCUCGCCUCUCGAACAACACCAGCAUCCUUCUCGUCACGCCUCAACCGAUUCUACUCUACUCCCUCCGAUAAGCCACAGAAUGAGAAUGCCCCCACAACAGAUUCACGAGAGAUCUUGCCACAUGAGCCAGGGACAGAAGUACAACCCAAAAUAUCCACCCCCGAUGAGAUUGUCAACCAAGAUGACUACGACCAAGGCUGGACAGAUGCGCCAGGAUCCGUGGGCCCGUACACAAGCCCCCCCGAACGCAUCGAAGCCCCCCGCGUCGACGUGGUCGGAGACCCGACCUACGCCCCCGCCACGACUGCCGAGGGCCUCCAGACCGUCGGCAGUGUCCGGAACUACUGGAACCGUACCGAGAACUGGACCGCUGCCGGCGACUUCGUCGGUUUCAAACCUAAAGAGAAAGUCCUCGAGCCGGCGCUCAUAGAAGCCGCUGUUCGCCGCGCCGUUAUCGAGGCUCAUGCGCUCCGCGAGGUCGGACGCGAAGAUGAUUUGGUGGGUGUAUGGCCGACGACGGCGGUGUCGAAGAAGGAUUUGCAGAGUCUCUUGGCGUGGGAUGUGAAGACUGGUGAGGAUGGGAGUGUCGUCCUGGGUGGCAGCGCGGAAGUUGUUGCCGAGGGGGUCAGAUGGAAGGAUGAGGAGGAGGGUUUUGUAGAUGUAGACUCCGUGCUGGAUGGUGAUGAGUUGAGCGCUGAUGAGGCUGCUGCUUUGAGCCAGACUUGGAAUCCGAGUUGGAAGAGCAUAUCAUUAGCUGAUCCCAGGAUUCGCUUCGCCAUCACGAAGCGCAUCUUCCAACUCACAGGCCACCGCGUCCCCGACCAUCAACUCCCCAGCAUCACCAGCGUGCAGACUCUUCUCCACUCGCUGAAGAAACCUCCUAAACCGGCGACGUUCACCCAGGAGCUGCAGACGCGCCACCCCGAUCUGCUCACCUUGCCCAAUGUCACGGUCGCGCCGAAACGCGUCACGCGCGGCGAUAAAGAAAUUGCCCUGGGACGAUUCAAGCUUAUGCAGGAAGAGUUCAAGAAGAGAGAACUUCCGGCCCUUGGACAUGGAUUUGUUAGGAAGGGCAAGGAGAUUUCGAGACAGAGGGGUGGGCUGUGAUUGUCAUGAUUAGAAACACAUGUACUAUAACGUGGCUUGGAACAAUAACGCCGACUGUAUGUGUGAGUGUGUAUAUGCCAUAUCUGACGUCGAGACAAGAUGUCGUUGUACUUACUAUAUUCCUCAUUGUCACGACAUAAAUACACAUACAAAAUGCAUGUAUACAUACUUGAAGAAAUGAAUGCUCAUAUAACUUU